AGAAUAUACUCAUCACAUACAUCGGAAUGUUUUUUGGAGACGACUACAUAUUCACAUGGACCAACUUCCUGGGGUUAAAUAUCAGUAUUGCAGGCAGCUUGGGUCUACUCGUACAUUACAUUCACAGAAGAGCAAAUGAACAACCUGUCAGAGCCUAUCAGCAAACUGGACAACAGGGGGAAGAGCGCGGUGUGAGCGCUGACCUCUUCAUCACGAGCGACGCGUGGCUAGCACAUCAUGGACAUGAGCUUGCGCGCCAAGCUAUUGCUAAUUUGCACAAAUCAAUUGAAAUGAUGCCUUUUUUUUAUAUAUUUUAG